AUGGCGGGGAGUUUCCCAGUUCCCUCACCGAUGCUAAGGGAGCGUCACAGCGAGAGUCCAGGUGCUCGCUACGAGACCUCGCCGGACAACAACAAACCUCAGGGACCUGCGCAGGGAGAGGCUUUUAAACGGGACUCAGUGUCGCUCUUUAGGCACAGGAGCCGGAAAAGGAACCGCCGCCUCUACUUCAGUCUUGCAGCUCAAGUGGCUGUGGCUCUUCUUGCCGUAGCCUACGUGGUGCUGCGUUGCAGCAUUCAGAUUGGAUCUCGAAAUGGGAUUUCUGCCGUCCACAGGUCGCUGUCAAGUGCUGAGUCGGGAGAUGAGGAUUUUCAGGGCGCCUGUGGAGGUGCAGAUGCGCCGUCAAUUCCAACUGAUUCACUUUUUCCCACCCCUUCUCCUCAAAGAAGCCUCAUAAUGCGGGGCGAGCGAUAUGCAGGCAAUCUGACGGAGUUUGUGAAACAAAUGAGUCGCGUGGGUGUCGGUAUUCACCCAGAUGACCGCCGCAACCUGCUGUCUACCACGUUGGGUCUUGUAGUGGUAGAGCUAGGCGCCCUAGUGAGCUUGAUGGGACCCCGAUUUCCAGCUGUCGGUGUAACUGUGAGCAGAGUUAACAAUACAGUUCAGGACUUGCGCGCCACUUUGGGCCCGGAAGACAUUUCACACACUACCUUGCGCCACUUCCGAAGAAUGCACACGCUCUUGAAAUGUUUGCGGCGAUUGAAAGCGACUUCUGAAGGCAUGUCUGAGGCUGAGAUCUUCUUGCGUUUUGAGCAGUUGCUUGAAUUGCAAGAAACAGCACUCACGCAGAUGUGGCUGGGACUGAAGAACCUGGCAGUGUGCUACUCAGAUAGUGGACCUGAUCACCCGGGAAUACCGAGUGCUGUGGAUGCCAUAAAAAAGACUGUGAUGGCCCGAAAAGCCCACGUACUGCGAGAACCCCUGUACAGAGCCUGGAUGAUGGAGUUCCAUGGAGAAAAAUGGCACUUUGGAAUCACGACCUACAGGAAUAUCCAGCGCUUCAUAGCGGAAGGCCCCAGAUCACACGAAGAAACGAUGGAAGAUCUCCAAAGUACUGAACUGGGGGCAUUGCAUGCCAGGGAGGCUGCCGUGUGGAGGGUGCAAGAGGCGCUUCAGGUCCCCGAAACUGUCACUGGGGACCAGUCAGGGGCACAGGAUUCCGACAAAGAAACCGCUGCUUCCAGUGAAGUAGCAGUGCCUUCUAGGGACUGGACAACACCUGGCGGCUCCUCAACACGCAGCUCUCCCGUGUCUGAGCCUUCAGGCACUGGGCGGGGGGAAACGCGUUCCCGCGAAAGUGCCGUCUCGAAGUUGCAAGAGGCAUUUGACCUUUCAUUGCUUGUCAGUGGGGAAGAGCUAGAUACGGGGGAUUCGAGCGAACAAUUCUACGAAGCUGACUCGCCAGACGAAUUCCCUGAGGUAUUUUACACGCCUAGUAGCUCCCCAACACCUGGUCACACGGAGGACGUUUUUGGUGCCUCCGGGGUGGAGCGCUUUGCUGGCCUUCUUGGUGGACCCAGCCCCUCUGAGACUUCCGCGGGACCCGCACUCUUCGGCCCCUUCACGACUUUUAGCUCUGAAGAUCAUUCAUCUUUCCCAAGCACCUCAGCUGGAUGGGGAGCCGUGGGGUCACUCCCAGCACCUGCACCGCAUGAGACAGGCGAAGCUUCUGCGUCAUCUGAAACGCCUAGCGCUUUUGGUCCUCCCGGGACUUAA